CUCUAACGGGUCCGAUAACGCUCCGAUUUUCUGACUCUUUGCACGACCUCCGCGCCCUCCUCAAAUUGCGCCCUACUCCCGACAGAGUGCAACCUUCUCUUGUCCUUUUAUCAAGCAUUGGAUUGGAUCAAUUGGAUUCACUGUCGCCGUAAUUGACGCAUCCCGUGUUCGUUUUCUUGAAGGAGUCACUGUCGUUUUUGUGUUGUUUAUCAAGGACUCCUCGCAACUUGAUUUUUAGAGUUUCUCUCGUCCUAAACUCUUCACCUCCUUCAUCGUCUGUCCUGUAUACCUACCCGCAAACACCACAACGAAAACCGUCGCCAUGAUGCGGCAAUUUUUCCCCCGCGCCGCUGGCGCCCUUAGAGCUGUACCCAAGUGCUCUCCCAGGUUAGCCACCACUUGGCAAUCGGCAAGACUCUACAGUGUCAAGCCCGAAGCUGCCUCCGUGGCUAAGCCCCUCGGUCUCGACGCCUCAAAACUCACAAUUGAGAAGACCAAGAACCCAGGAACUUUGGGCAACCCGGCAGAGCUCGUCUUCGGCCGCAAGUUCACCGACCACAUGCUUACCAUCGAAUGGAACCAAGAACAGGGCUGGCUCGAUCCCAAGAUUGUCCCCUACCAGAACCUCUCCCUUGAUCCUGCAACCUGCGUAUUCCACUACGCCUUUGAGUGCUUCGAGGGCAUGAAGGCCUACAAGGACAAGGACGGCAAGGUCAGGCUCUUCCGCCCGGACAAGAACAUGGCUCGCCUCAACAAGUCGGCCGCCCGCAUCGCCCUGCCCACCUUUGAGCCCACCUCUCUGAUCGACCUCAUCUCCAAAUUUGUCCAGCUCGAUAAGCACUACAUCCCCGACGAGCGCGGCUACUCCCUCUACCUCCGCCCUACCAUGAUCGGCACCCAAAAGACCCUCGGCGCCGUCUCCCUCGAGGCCACUGACUACGCCGUCCGCGCCUGGCCCGGCGGCGUCGGCGACAAGAAGCUCGGCGCCAACUACGCGCCGUGCAUUGUGCCCCAGCUUGAGGCCGCUAGCCGCGGUCACCAGCAGAACCUGUGGCUCUUUGGUGAAGAGGAGUACGUCACCGAGGUCGGCACCAUGAACAUGUUUGCCGCCAUUAAGAACAAGGAGACGGGCCAGAAGGAGCUCGUCACCGCGCCCCUGGACGGCACCAUUCUUGAGGGUGUCACCCGCGACUCUGUCUUGUCCCUGGCCCGCGAGAGGCUGGUGCCUGAGGGAUGGAUGGUCUCGGAGCGCAAGUACACCAUGAAGGAGCUCGACGAGGCCGCUUCCGAGGGCCGUCUCAUUGAGGCCUUUGGCGCUGGCACUGCUGCCAUUGUCAGCCCCAUCCGUACGAUUGCUUGGAAGGGCAAGUCUAUCAACUGCGGCCUUUCCGAGUCUGAGGAGUCUGGUGAGAUUGCCCUGAGAAUGAAGGGCUGGAUGGAGGCGAGACAGUAUGGUGACGAGGAGCACGAGUGGAGCUACGUUGCUGCGUAA